UGCAUGAUGUGCAAAAAUCCAAUUUAUCAAUCAUGGCGCUCGAGAAUGUAUGCGGCCUUAACUUCCACAAAGGGUCGGGGGGAUUUGGAGCAAAAAUCCGACAGUGUACGGACGUAAACUUGCUGCAAGAUGACCCUUUAGAAAAUCCGAAAUUUACAGUUCCAGCAGUUGCCGAGCCUGCGGAAUUCCUGAAAAACUUCUCGGGAGGGGACGGAUCCUCUCCAAAGAUCGAGUUCCUCCAUGGGACCACCACGCUGGGUUUCAAGUUCCAGCAUGGAGUCAUUAUAGCAGUGGACUCCAGGGCAACAGCCGGCAACUACAUCGCCUCUCAGACAGUCAAGAAAGUUAUUGAGAUCAACCCGUAUUUGUUGGGCACCAUGGCCGGCGGAGCUGCAGACUGUAUGUUCUGGGAACGCGUUUUGGCAGAACGCUGCAGAGUUUACGAAUUGCGGAAUAAAGAAAGAAUAUCGGUAGCAGCGGCCUCAAAACUGCUGGCCAACAUCUUGUACAACUACAAGGGCAUGGGACUGUCCGUGGGAACAAUGAUAUGUGGUUGGGACAAAACGGGACCGGGCUUGUACUAUGUGGACAGCGAUGGCAGCAGACUGACCCACAAGCUCUUCUCCGUUGGGUCCGGCUCGCCAUACGCCUAUGGAGUCCUGGACAGUGGCCACCGAGAUGACCUGACCGUGCCAGAGGCCUACGAACUGGGUCAGCGAGCAAUCUACCAUGCCACACACAGGGAUGCCUACAGUGGAGGCGUGGUCAACCUCUACCACAUGAAGGAGACAGGAUGGGAGUUUAUCUCACAGACAGACACCAAGCUCCUACACUACCAAUACCAAGACGAGAAAGAAGCCAAAUAGAAGCAAGAGGGUAUUCCUCAGGAACGUCCCCAGAAAUGCUUGCAUUUGUUGGCCAGGACAACCCCUUGGGAGAGUCGACGUAGAAAAAUCAUAACAUAUUAACUGUGUCCACUGUCUAGGCCAUUGAAUCUGAAAAUGGCAUGUGUCCCAUCAACGGAUGUAAUUCCAGUUGCAUAGUCAUCCUUUUAUUCUUCAUUCAGUACUCAAUUUAGCUUUGGUAUUCUCUGGACAUCUCCGAAAUCCUACAGUGUUUAGGAAUCCAAUAUUUUGCCUUUCUCUACUUUAUCUUGCAAGGGUUUCAUAUCCCAAGUAAGGUAAUACAGUGUAGUGAAUUUGCUCUGCCAUCCUCAAUCCCAGAAGAUCCUUCAAAACCAAAUAAUGGAUGACAAAAUAGUACAGAAGAUACAGAUGGGACAGUUUGUAGACCCUGUUUUGUUUCUUACAGUCAUCUUUUGUACACGGAAAGAUUUUCUUAAAGGCCGUGUAGGAUAUGUCUUUUGUUUUGGUAACUGCGAAGAUUUAAACAUUAUUUUGGUAAACCAUUUCCAGUUUGGUAGUGGAGAUGGAUUAAACACCCCUGAGUAUGUCGGAUGGCUACAUUUUUAGACUUGGUCAAGACCCAGAAUUGAUAAGAGGGGGAGAGUUGAAAUAAUGAGGCCAGCAACAAGCCGUAUUACUGGAGUGACAACUUUCAAAAGAGUUUGGAAAAUUUUCAAGAAGGAAAAAAGGAGCAUUGGGAGUUUUUUUGAUUAAUCAUAGAGGAGCAGUGUUAAACUGCCUUUGGCAGACAGUGAAAACGCUAAAUUGAAACAAAGGAAUGCUACAUGUCAGCCUAACGGUAAACUUCAUGCAACCACAGUUUAUCAAAAGUGGAACACCCCAAUGUCUAUUGUGAGUUUGCGUGUAUUUGCUAAUUUGCUCAGUGAAACAAAUAAAUUUGUUUUUCCCUCGAGGCUACACUUAA